AUGUCAGGCAUAAACCCUCCGCCAUCAUAUGCACCAACAUCUACCAGUUCAUAUACUCCUAGUAAUGCUAACCAUAUCAAAUAUCAUAAGGAGAUUGAUAAAUCGGCUGUGAUCAAAUCUCCGUUGCAUAAAAACAUAUAUGAUUCACUUGCAGAAAUAUACUCUAUUAUAACAGUCAUGGAAAUGAUAGAGAAAUCGUUCCUAAAGGAUUACAUUACCGACAAGGAUAAAUACACAUCUACUUCAUUAAGGUUAAUAAAUCAGUACCAAAUAAUCAUCAAAGGAUUUCAAGAAGAUCAAUCCAAGAAAACAAUAUUGGCAGAUAUAAUACCAGGGGCUUCAGUAGAUAACGAUGAUUUUCCUGAAAUUCUAGGCAAUACAUAUAACUUGCAUGCUCCAUUAGCUAUAAAGAGGCUACAAACAGGUAUACCUGUGACAAUUGAGCACCUUGGCACUCAGGUUGAAAGUUCGAGCCACCCAACACAUGACAAUCGGAAUGCCAAUACAUCUACGAAUACAAAGGCAAGCGGUAGACUAGUUGCAGAGGUAACAGGUAAUUUCAUCACAUGCAUGGAUGCAUUGAAAUUGAAUUACAAAACAAAGGAUCAAUUGCACCCUUUAUUGUCAGAUUUGGUGGUUAGUCUUAAUGAUUUAGUAACAAUGAAUGAUUCAAAUGAUGAAAAUAAUGGGAAGACGAUUGAAUUCCCAGGAAAAUCAAAGUUGAUAUCGUGGCUAAUUAAAUUGAAUAAUUUGGAAGACCAGGAACUAGCCCAGUCUGACAUCGACACCUUCUUAAAUGAUUUAGAUCUGGCCUACAAGAAUUUCUAUACGUCAUUAGAAUAA